AUGUCCGUUCCAUCCAGCUUCAAAGCCGCUCUGUUCGAGGAGAAGAACCCCCGGCACACCGUUGCCGACCGCUCCUUGACUCCCCUGGGCACCGAUGAGGUCGCCAUCAAGAUCACGGCCACCGCCAUCAACCCCGUCGACUGGAAGAUCCGCGACUACCGCUUCUUCGUGUCUUCCUACCCUGCAGUGCUCGGCAGUGACGCCGCCGGCGAGAUCGUCUCGGUAGGCAGCAAGGUGCAGAAUUUGGCCGUCGGCGACCGGGUCUUCUUCCAGGGCAUCAUCGGCAACUACGACGCCAGCACCUUCCAGCAAUACUGCAAGAUGCCCGCCGAGCUCGUCGCAAAGACUCCCAAGUCCAUCACCGACGACCAGGCGGCCGGUAUCAGUCUUGCCACGGUUGCCGGCAUCACUGGCCUCUACGACAAGACCGGCCGUGGCCUUACCCCUGCCCCCUGGGAUGAGGGCGGCGAUCGCGCCGGCAAUGGAAAAGCCCUGGUGGUCCUGGGCGGCAGCUCCUCGGUCGGCCAAUACGUGAUCCAACUCGCGCGCCUCUCUGGCUACGAGCGCAUCAUCACAAACUCAAGCCUCACCCACGCCGAGCACCUUAAGAAGCUCGGCGCCCACGUCGUACUGGACCGCAAGCAGGCCGGCCCCAAGGACUUCAUCUCCGCUCUAAACGGCCUACCACUAGACUUCAUCUUCGAUGCCAUCUCAACCCCCGAUACGCAAGCGCUCGGCGUCGAAGUCCUCGCCGCCGCGGGCGUCUCAAGCCAAGUCGUCGUCGUGCAGGGCGUCAACGCCGAAGCGAAGGACCUCGGUGCGUCUAAGACGCCCAAGGUCGACGUGCGCCAGGUGCUCGGUCUUGGCAGCAGCCCUAAUCUGCGGUACUUGAGUGUUCCGCUUAUGAAGAGCCUUGGUAGUGAGGAUGGGUGGCUUGCGACUGGCAAGUUUGUGCCGAACCGGCCUGUUGUUGUGGAGGGUGGGCUGGAGAAGCUGGAUGAGGCGCUGGAUAAGAAUCGGGCUGGGGUUUCGGGGGAGAAGGUUGUCAUUCGUCCUGUAGCAUGA